GCCCGGCCCGGGGAUGCCGCAGCCCCGGCAGCCAUGUUCCCCGCUCAGGACGAGGCCGACAGGACGGUGUUUGUGGGGAAUUUAGAGAGCCGGGUGCGAGAGGACAUCCUCUAUGAGCUCUUCCUGCAGUUGCCCCCUUACCUCGGUCAUUUAUCUGGGAUCUCUGUGUGCACUGAAGCAGUCAGAUUUUCAGAUUUCUUGGUGACAGCGGAAGGACGAGACGACAGAAUCUGUCAACGCCACUGGAGCCAGGUCCUGCAAAACAGCUCUUUAUCUCUCGUGGAUCGGUUUUUAAAGGUUGCUCAGCGAGGGUUUAGGGAAGCUGUUAAUUUUUCUGCUGAAGUGAGUGGGGAGAGCAGAAGAGGGGCCACCUUCAUUUCUGGGGACAUCACCUUGCGGGGAAGGGUUGGAAGCAGGACGGGAAGCCAAUCUCACCCUUCUUCACCUCUGGAUGGUCUGGAAUCAAGUUUGACAGCUAGUUUCUUACAGGCUGGGCCUUUAAUCAAGGUGACCAUAUGUAAGGACAAAGAUGGAAAACCCAAAUCUUUUGGAUUUGUCUGCUUUAAGCACACAGAGUCGGUGUCUUAUGCAAUAGCUCUGCUGAAUGGAAUUCGUUUAUAUGGACGACCAAUAAAUGUGCAAUAUCGCUUUGGGAGUUCCCACUCAUCAGAAUUGAACAGUCAAAGUGUGGAAAACUACUUGGAUGUAAAUUUGCAGAGCCACAGGACUGAGGAGCCGUGGGACCGACCUGCAUUUCCCAUGAAACCCUUUGCGGCGAAUGACUGUACUUUACCUCAGGAAUAUUCUUUCUUUCAAAAGAUGAAAUACUGUCCCGAAAAUCAAGCAUCCUUCCUCAGUAAGGUGACCUAUUCCUGGUUCAGCAGAAUAAUAAUCCUUGGCUAUACGAAGCCACUGGAACGCGAGGACCUGUUUGAACUCAAUGAAAGUGACUCACCUUACACAAUAGGCCCCAUCUUUGAAAAGCAGUGGAGGAAGGAAGUGUUUAAAAGCAAGGAGAAGGAAAAGGUAAGGCUGGUUUCUCUUGGCAAAGGGACAGCCAUCAGGAAACCAUCUCUGCUUUCUGCACUGUGGACAACCUUCAGAGUUCUCCUCACCCAAGUUGCUCUUUUCAAAGUGUUUGCUGAUAUCCUCUCCUUCACUAGUCCACUCAUAAUGAAACAGAUGAUCAUUUUGGUUGAAAAUCGCUCUGACGUAGGUUGGAUUGGAUGCAGCUAUGCGGUUGCUCUUUUUGCAGUGGCCAUUUUGCAAACCCUGGUCCUUCAGUUAUAUCAACGCUUUAACAUCCUCACCUCCGCAAAAAUCAAAACCGCUGUAAUUGGAUUGAUCUACAAAAAGGCCUUAAAUUUAUCCAACUUUUCACGCCAAAAAUUUACGACCGGCGACGUUGUCAACCUGAUGUCAGCAGAUGCCCAGCAACUUAUGGAUCUGGCCAUAAAUCUCAACCUGCUAUGGUCUGCGCCUCUGCAGAUUCUAAUGGCCAUCUUACUGCUGUGGCGAGAACUGGGACCAUCCGUGCUAGCGGGGGUAGCUGUCCUCGUCUUGAUCGUCCCCAUAAAUGCCUUGGUCGCCACCAGGAUCAAAAAACUGAAGAAAAGUCAACUGAAGAACACAGAUCAGCGGAUCAAACUAGUCAGUGAAAUCUUGCACGGAAUAAAGAUUCUCAAGCUUUAUGCGUGGGAACCUUCGUACCAGAAGAAGAUCACGGAGAUCCGGGAGCGCGAGCUGAAUGUUCUCAAAUCUGCUGGGUACCUGACCGUAUUUUCCAUGCUGACGCUCACUUGCAUUCCCUUCUUGGUGUCCUUGGCCACUUUUGGAGUGUACUUUUUGCUGAAUGACGAAAACAUUUUGACAGCAACCAAAGUUUUCACAUCUAUAUCUUUGUUUAACAUUUUGCGGCUUCCUCUGUUUGAUUUACCAGUGGUGAUCUCUGCCGUGGUCCAGACAAAGUUAUCUUUAGGUCGUCUGGAAGAUUUCUUCAACGCUGAAGAACUUGGUCCUGAGAACAUCGAGACAAACUACACUGGGGACCACGCCGUGGGGUUUAUUGACGCCUCUUUCCGCUGGGACAAGACUGCGACUCCCGUCUUAAAUGAUUUGAACAUAAAGAUUCCAGAAGGAGCUCUGGUUGCCGUUGUUGGACAAGUCGGAUCUGGAAAAUCGUCUGUUCUUUCUGCCAUUUUGGGAGAAAUGGAAAAACUGACAGGAACAGUUCAAAGAAAAGGAUCCGUGGCCUACGUUUCCCAGCAGGCCUGGAUUCAGAAUUCCACACUGCAGGACAAUAUUCUGUUUGGCUCAGUCAUGGAGUGGCAGUAUUAUGAGAAAGUGUUAGAAGCGUGUGCCCUUCUUCCUGAUUUGGAGCAGUUACCUCUUGGAGAUCAAACCGAGAUCGGAGAAAGGGGCGUUAAUAUAAGCGGGGGUCAGAAGCAGCGGGUCAGCCUGGCCAGAGCUGUCUACAGUGGGGCUGAUAUCUACUUACUGGAUGACCCCUUAUCUGCAGUUGAUGUUCACGUUGGAAAACACCUUUUUGAGAAAGUAAUUGGGUCGUCGGGUCUUCUGAAGAACAAGACUCGCAUUUUGGUGACACACAACCUCACACUUCUGCCUCAGACGGAUCUGAUCCUUGUAAUGGAAAGAGGUGCAGUGACCCAAAUGGGGACUUACGUGGAGCUGCUAUCCAAACCCCAGAACUUCACCAAGUUGCUUCAGGUCUUCAAUGCAGACAAGAAGGAGGAAGGUUCCGUGAAAAUUCAUGCUUCAGAAGGAAUCGGGCAAAUCAAUAGCCAAACUACACUAAAAGAGCAAUUUCUAGUGCAGAAAGGCAGUCCCAUCUCAGAUCAAGGAAAACAGUUCACCACGAAGAAAGAACCGGUCCCUACUGGAGGGGUGAAAUUUUCCAUCGUCAUGAAAUAUCUACAAGCCUUCGGUUGGCUCUGGGUGUGGCUAAGUGUGGCUACCUACCUCUGUCAGAAUGCAGUAGGCAUCGGGCAAAAUUUGUGGCUUAGCACGUGGACGAAAGAAGCUAAGGAAAUAGAAGAUUUCACAGAAUGGAAGCAACUAAGAAACAAGAAGCUGGGUGUCUAUGGGAUUCUGGGAAUCACUCAAGGCCUGCUGGUUUGCUCCAGUGCCUUCAUGCUCACGCGAGGGGCGUUUGCGGCUUCCCGAGCCCUGCACCGGCAGAUGCUGGGCAGCGUGUUGCGCCUCCCCCUCCGCUUCUUUGAAACCAACCCAGUCGGCCAGGUCAUCAGUCGCUUCACCAAGGACAUCUUUAUAGUGGAUGUGCGUUUCCAUUAUUACUUGCGGACCUGGCUGAACUGCACCCUGGAUGUCGCCGGGACGAUUCUUGUGAUCGUGGGCGCUUUACCCCUCUUCAUUCUGGUGGUUAUACCGCUGGUGUUCCUCUAUUUCACGAUCCAAAGAUAUUACAUAGCCAGUUCUCGGCAGAUCCGGCGACUAGCGGGCGCCUCGCGCUCUCCCGUCAUCUCUCACUUCAGCGAGACCCUCGCUGGGGUGUCCACCGUCAGAGCAUUCGAGCACCAGCAGCGGUUCAUCGGCCACAGCAGAGAUUUGGUGAAUGAGAACUUGGUUUGCCUCUACAACAACGUCAUUUCAAAUCGGUGGCUCUCCGUCAGACUUGAAUUCCUGGGGAACGUGAUGGUCCUUUCGGCUGCCACGCUUGCCAUGAUGGCCGGAGAUAAAAUGGACUCGGCCACAGUCGGCCUAACCAUAUCCUACGCUCUAAACAUCACACAGUCUCUAAAUUUCUGGGUGCGGAAAGCCUGUGAGAUUGAAACCAACGCCGUGUCCAUCGAACGAGUAUGUGAAUAUGCAGAAAUGGAUAAAGAGGCUCCGUGGAUCAUGCCGAGAAGACCCCCCCCUCAGUGGCCCACCCAAGGGGUUGUGGAGUUUGUCGGUUUUCAGGCGCGCUACCGCUCAGACCUCGGACUGGCGCUGCGCAAUAUUUCCUUUCAGACUCACAGCGGAGAGAAGGUUGGAAUUGUGGGGCGGACUGGAGCUGGCAAAUCCACACUGACUAACUGCUUGUUUAGAACCGUGGAGCGAGCCGGAGGCAAAAUCGUUAUCGACGGGAUUGACAUAUCAACCAUCGGGCUGCACGAUCUCCGGGGCCAGCUCAAUAUCAUCCCCCAGGACCCCGUUUUGUUUUCCGGGACCAUCCGGAUGAACCUGGACCCGCUUGGGAAGUACUCGGACGGAGCGCUGUGGGAGGCUCUGGAAUUGUGCCACCUGAAGGAUUUCGUGCAGGCCCUUCCCAACAAGCUGAGCCAGGAAAUUGCAGAGGGAGGCGAGAACCUCAGCGUCGGACAGCGGCAGCUUAUAUGCCUGGCUCGGGCACUGCUACGCAAAACUAAAAUCCUGAUUUUAGAUGAAGCCACGGCCUCCGUAGACUUGGAGACGGAUCAUUUGGUACAGAGCACAAUCCGGAAGGAGUUCGUGGACUGCACGGUGCUCACCAUAGCCCACAGGCUCCACACCAUCAUGGAUUCCCAACAGGUCCUGGUCCUAGAAUCGGGCAAGCUCGUGGAGUUUGACACCCCCCAGGCUUUGAUGCAGCAGAGAGGACUUUUUUCUAAAAUGGUAACAGAGGCAGCGAUCACCGGUGAUCCCGAGACGAACGCUGACGGGUUUUAGAAAGUCUUCGGUAUUUGUUAUCACGCAUUUACUGAUGCCAAAAUAACCGAUCAAUUUGCCAAGCACUACCAGCAGGGCCCAAAGGCGGGCACUCUGUGGCCUUCUGCUCUUUUUUUUAGGAGAAUUUUAGUCUAUGAUGGGUAAUAGAAACCAGGUCCAUUUGAGUAGGCCAAGAAACAGGUGGUCAGUACUGGUCUGAAUCAUGUCUAUGAAUUGUAUUGCAUUUAGUAGUGCUCAAUAAAUGUCACUGAAAGACGGAGCGUAACCGCCUUUCUAUCUUUGCUUCUACCAACCACAUUUACCCUUUCUGACCAGCAACCUCUAAAUUCAGAGACGGAAGACUUACAUCUGUACCCUAUGAGCUGCUCACACCUUUACUGAGACUCCUUUCCCCCUUGCAGCUUUCUAAUUGAAAAAGUUUGACAAAAACCUCAACAACAAAGAUGUAAAAACACCCAACUUAUGGCUCUUCCCCUACUUAGGAGAGGCGCCACGCCCAACUUGGUUAUAUUAUAUCUCCCGUCAAGCUUGGCUGAAUGGACACUUAGCAAAUACCACCAUUUCAACUAUUAUUUUUAUCCAUCUCCAAGGUACUCGAGGCCGACUUCCCCCUCUAGGCUGCUUGUGAACCCAUCUACAUAUGAAUACCACAGAUUGACACGCCUUGACCGCACAGAAAAAGAGCCCCACAUCACAGGCUCGCUUCCAAAAAUGGCGAGUUAGUUUAUUCUUUCGAGAGGAAAAAAAUAAUUUAGCUUUUUAAUAUGAGGCCUCACUCGAAGAACCAUCAGAACACAUACUGUGAAAUGGAGUGUAGCUUGAAUUACUUAAUCUAAUACCCAGGAACUGGGGAACACCAUUAUAUCCUUCAAGAGACCCCAGAAACAUGAAUUAGCCGAUUUUUUCACGACUUAGAAGUAGAGGUAAACAGCAUUGCCCAGUGAAAAACGUUUGCUAAAUUCUAAAAAUGGUCUUGAGAUCAAAUAAUGACCCAUCUUGCUUUCACUGAUUUCCUCUGCCGUCAUUUUUUAACGCUACUUUGGAAUGGUCAGAAAAGGAAACUCCAGCACUGUGGCCAACGUGGAGAGAGAGGAAGAACAGAAGACGCGCCCAGCAGACGAGGGAAGAGUACUUUCCCUAGCGCUUAGUACAGUGCUCUGCACACAGUAAGCUCUUAAUAAAUAUGAUUGAAUGAAUGAACCACAACUCUCUUUUCUCUGGGC